GUAGGCAUUGCAUGAGCCAGCUGCAGAAUAACGAAUGGAGCCGCACGGAAAACUACUGCACACCUAAUGACAACUAAACUUGUAAAAUUCGCAUUUUGUAUUAUUCGAAAUUACUUCUUAGAGUUUACCGGCGUCCACAACAAAUUCCGUGGCUGAUGAUCUUCUCGUUUCCACGAUGCUGAUAAAGUUGCUAAUACCACGGUUACUGGUUACUGCGUCCGUGCUGUUGGUGGUUACCGUCGGGGUGCGUGCACCGAGGACGAUAAAGGGGCCCAGGGAUUUCGUUAAACCCGAUUAUUCAUCGCCUGUUAAGCACAAGAGGACCCAUGAUGAGGACGGAUGUCGACCGACUGGCACUUAUUACAGAGAACACAUUCAUCCUCCAAAUCAUCCAAGAGACUCUAACACCUACACCGACACCGACUACAUAUACUGGCCUCCUAAUUUACCACAAAGGCCCAGGAAUCCCUGUACGCACGACUAUUCACCGCCUGUUUCCCAUACAGAUGAGUCAUGGUUAAAACGGAUGUUGAACAAAAUCAUUGGCUCGCUUAGGACAUUGUCCAAUGAAACAAAAGGAGACAUUCCACGAAAGGAAGAAUCGCAGAACUCGUCGGAGUUGGGAAAUUAUGCGAAGUUCCUUGAAGAUAUCAACGUUGCCCACCAGGAGAUGUAUUUGAAUGAGACCAGGCAUGAUGAUAUUGACAAAGCAUCAUUACCUAUUCAACAACCUAAGUCCCAAUCAAAGAAGUUGUUGUUCAAUCGGAUGUUAUACAAAAUCAUUGACUCGCUUUGGAUAUUGGCCAAUGAAACAAUCGUUGUCCGGGAAUUGCUUAAAGGAGACAUUCCACGAGAGGACGAAUCGAAGAACUCGUCGGAGCCGAUUCAGAACUGUACUCACCACAUUGAACAGAUACAAAAACGGAUGACAUCGUUUAAGGACCGGCAAAAAAGUGUUUUAUAUUCGAUAAAUGAUUUUGAACAGGCUUAUGAUAUCUUGAGGGAGUCCUGGAAUACCAAACUUGAGAAUAUGAUUUCAAGGCCCAAUUCGUUUCUGAUAACUAUCGAAGAGUUACGGCCGCUUCGGGAAAAUAUUCGAACAGAAGACAAGUUUUAUGACUCGUCGAAGCCAGCCACCACGCUCAGACAAGCUCUAGCACAAUUAUACAUACAAGAUCAUGUUAAGUUGGAGAUUACGAACUGCACUCACCAAAUUGAUCAUUUUCAAAAACAGAUGCGCUUAUUUGAGGCUCAACAAAUAAAAGUAUACGAUUCAAUAACUAAACUUAAAUACGAGUACAAGAUCUUGAUAGAAUCCUGGGAAACCGAACUUAAGAAUGUGAUUGAAAAAGUGCAUAAAAAACUGUAUAAAGAUAUACAACUUCUCCGGUCUACUGAUCGUGAGCAGGAGAUUAUUAUGGAAGACCCUCAGAAGCUGGAUUACCUUCAGGUCUCGUCGGAUCUGUUCAUGCCGCUUGAGAAACUUCCUAAACGAUUAAUAUUUCUAACAGACCCAUUUAAGUGGAAGCAUAACAUCUGGCAGUUUCAAAGUAACGAGUUGCGUAAGUCCGACAAUUUAACUGGUGAUUUGAAGCAGAACAAAUGGUUAAUCUUCAAACAGAUUGACCCGCAACUGAAACGGUGGAGGCUGGUGGCUACAACCGUACCGGAAACUACGUUCGGAGAAGCCCAAGGACGAGUAGAACCAACAAAUUCAGAUUCUCCAAUAAUGCAGCACAGCACCUGGACGUUUCUUGGUAAAAUUCGGUGGAAUGACACAAAUUGUGAUUUGCAGCAGUGUGGAUGGUUAGUAUUUAAUCAGACUGACCCUUUACUGAAUCUUUGGAGACUGGUGGUUUCUAGUCCUAUCAGAACUGAAAAGCAGCAAAAUCAAUCAGAGCCGCACACCACACUCGAAAAAUCCCACUGUUCUGUAGUACCAACAGUUCCAAGUAAGGGAAAUUAUGCGAAGUUCCUUGAAGAUAUCAAGAUUACCCACCAAGAGAUGUAUUUGAAUAACACCAGGCAUGAUGAUAAUGACAAAGCAUCAUUAGUUAUUCAACAACCUAAGUCCCUUACAGAGGAGUUAUUGUUCGAUUGGAUGUCACACAAAAUUAUUGACUCGCUUAGGACAUUGGCCAAUGAAACAAUCGCUGUCCAGGAAUUACUUAAAGGAGACAUUCCACGAAAGGAAGAAUCGCAGAACUCGUCGGAGUUGGGAAAUUAUGCGAAGUUCCUUGAAGAUAUCAACGUUGCCCACCAGGAGAUGUAUUUGAAUAAGACCAGGCAUGAUGAUAAUGACAAAGCAUCAUUACCUAUUCAACAACCUAAGUCCCAAUCAAAGAAGUUGUUGUUCAAUCGGUUGUUAUACAAAAUCAUUGACUCACUUAGAAAAUUGGCCAAUGAAACAAUCGUUGUCCGGGAAUUGCUUAAUGGAGACAUUCCACGAGAGGACGAAUCGAAGAACUCGUCGGAGCCGAUUCAGAACUGUACUCACCACGUUGAACAGAUACAAAAACGGAUGACAUCGUUUAAGGACCUGCAAAAAAGUGUUUUAGAUUCGAUAGUAGAUUUUGAACAGGCUUAUGAUAUCUUGAGGGAGUCCUGGAAUACCAAACUUGAGAAUAUGAUUUCAAGGCCCAAUUCGUUUCUGAGAAUGAUCGAAGUUGUACGGCCGCUUCGGGAAAAAAUUCGAACAGAAGAUAAGUUUUAUGACUCGUCGAAGCCAGCCACCACGCUCAGACAAGCUUUAGCACAAUUAUACAUACAAGAUCAUGUUAAGUUGGAGAUUACGAACUGCACUCAUCAAAUUGAUCAUUUUCAAAAACAGAUGCGCUUAUUUGAGGCUCAACAAAUAAAAGUAUACGAUUCAAUAACUAAACUUAAAUACGAGUACAAGUUCUUGAUAGAAUCCUGGGAAACUGAACUUAAGAAUGUGAUUGAAAAAGUGCAUAAAAAACUGUAUAAAGAUAUACAACUUCUCCGGUCUACUGACCAUAAGCAAGAGAUUAUUAUGGAUUACACUCAGAAGCUGGACGAACUUCAGGUCUCGUCGGAGCUGGUCAUGCCGCUUGAGAAACUUCGUAAACGAUUAAUAUUUCUAACAGACCCAUUUAAGUGGGAGCAUAACAUCUGGCAGUUUCAAAGUAACGAGUUGCGUAAGUCCGACAAUUUAACUGGUGAUUUGAAGCAGAACAAAUGGUUAAUCUUCAAACAGAUCGACCCGCAACUGAAACGGUGGAGGCUGGUGGCUACAACUGUACCGGAAACUACGUUCGGAGAAGCCCAAGGACGAGUAGAACCAACAAAUUCAGGUUCUCCAAUAAUGCAGCACAGCACCUGGACGUUUCUUGGUAAAAUUCGGUGGAAUGACACAAAUUGUGAUUUGCAGCAGUGUGGAUGGUUAGUAUUUAAUCAGACUGACCCUUUACUGAAUCUUUGGAGACUGGUGGUUUCUAGUCCUAUCAGAACUGAAAAGCAGCAAAAUCAAUCAGAGCCGCACACCACACUCGAAAAAUCCCACUGUUCUGUAGUACCAACAGUUCCAAGUAAGGGAAAUUAUGCGAAGUUCCUUGAAGAUAUCAAGAUUACCCACCAAGAGAUGUAUUUGAAUAACACCAGGCAUGAUGAUAAUGACAAAGCAUCAUUAGUUAUUCAACAACCUAAGUCCCAUACAGAGGAGUCAUGGUUAAAUCAGAUGUUGAUCAAAAUCAUUGGCUCGCUUAGGACAUCGGCCAAUGAAACAAUCGCUGUCCAGGAAUCGAUUAAAGGAGACAUUCCACAAGAGGAAGAAUCGCAGAAUUCGUCGAAGCUGAUUCAGAACUGCACUCACCACGUUGAACAGAUACAAAAACGGAUGCUGACAUUUAAGGACCAGCAAAUAAAUGUAUUAGAGUCGAUAGUUGAAUUUGAACAGGCGUAUGAGAUUUUAAGAGUGUCCUGGAAAACCAAACUUACAAAUAUUCUUUCAAAGACUUAUUCUCUAGAGGCUAGAAUCUUUCUGAGAAUGAUCGAGGAUGAACAGCCGGUCAGAUGCCCGCCGGAGAUUAUUAGGGAAAAAACUCGAACGGCAGACAAGCUUCAAGACUCGUCAAAGCCAGCCACCACGCUCAGACAAGCUCUAGCACAGUUAUACAUACAAGAUCAUGUUAAGUUGGAGAUUACAAACUGCACUCACCAAAUUGAUCAUUUUCAAAAGCAGAUGCGCUUAUUUGAGGAUCAGCAAAUAAAUGUAUACGAUUCAAUAACUGAACUUAAACAAGAUUACAAGCUCUUGAUAGAAUCCUGGGAAACCGAACUUAAAAAUAUGACUGAAAGGAAAGUUCCGAUUGAAGAAGUGUAUAAAAAACUGUAUGAAGAUAUACACUCUCCGUCUACUGACCAUAAGCAAGAGAUAUUAUGGAUUACACUCAGAAGCUGGACGAACUUCAGGUCUCGUCGGAGCUGGUCAUGCCGCUUGAGAAACUUCGGGCCCAAGGAUUCCGGUACGCAAGACUAUUCACCGUACAAGACGGUCCAUGAUCACUACUUUCCACCGACUGACACUUAUGAUAGAGAACACAUUCAUCCUCCAAAUCCUCCAAGAGACUCUAACACCUACACCGACCCCGGUUUCAUAUUCUCGCCUCCUAAUUUACCACAAAGGCACAGGGAUUUCGGUACGCACGACUAUUCACCGCCUGUUGAGCUCCAGUCGCCCGGUGAGCAAGAAUAUCCAUUGACUGACACUUAUGAUGUAAAUAUAAACAAUUUACAUGAUGAUAUUAUUGAGGUGCAGCCGUUGACCAACGAAGAAUUUAAGAUCCUUUUACAUGAUAAUUUGCGACUGCCUUUACAUGUUUUCCUCGAAUAUCUUCAUAGAUACGCCUUUUAUCGAAAACAGAAAUUUAAGGGGCCCAGGGAUUUCGGUACGCACGACCAUUCAUCGACUGCUAAUAACACCAGGCAUGAUGAUAAUGGCAAAGCAUCGUUACCUAUUCAACAACCUGAGGGAAAUUAUGCGAAGUUCCUUGAAGAUAUCAACGUUGCCUACCAGGAGAUGUAUUUGAAUAAGACCAGGCAUGAUGAUAUUGACAAAACAUCAUUACCUAUUCAACAACCUAAGUCCCAAUCAAAGAAGUUGUUGUUCAAUCGGAUGUUAUACAAAAUCAUUGACUCGCUUAGGAAAUUGGCCAAUGAAACAAUCGUUGUCCGGGAAUUGCUUAAAGGAGACAUUCCACGAGAGGACGAAUCGAAGAACUCGUCGGAGCCGAUUCAGAACUGUACUCACCACAUUGAACAGAUACAAAAACGGAUGACAUCAUUUAAGGAUCUGCAAAAAAGUGUUUUAGAUUCGAUAGUUGAUUUUGAACAGGCUUAUGAUAUCUUGAGGGAGUCCUGGAACACCAAACUUGAGAAUAUGAUUUCAAGCCCCAAUUCGUUUCUAAGAAUGAUCGGAGUACGGCCGCUUCGGGAAAAAAUUCGAACAGAAGACAAGUUAUAUGACUCGUCGAAGCCAGCCACCACGCUCAGACAAGCUCUAGCACAAUUAUACAUACAAGAUCAUGUUAAGUUGGAGAUUUCGAACUGCACUCACCAAAUUGAUCAUUUUCAAAAACAGAUGCGCUUAUUUGAGGCUCAACAAAUAAAAGUAUACGAUUCAAUAACUAAACUUAAAUACGAGUACAAGCUCUUGAUAGAAUCCUGGGAAACCGAACUUAAGAAUGUGAUUGAUAGAAAUGUUCCGAUUGAAAAAGUGUAUAAAAAAGUGUAUAAAGAUAUACAACUUCUCCGGUCUACUGAUCAUGAGCAGGAGAUUAUUAUGGAAGACACUGAGAAGCUGGAUGAACUUCAGGUCUCGUCGGAGCUGGCCAUGCCACUUGAGAAACUUCCUAAACGAUUAAUAUUUCUAACAGACCCAUUUAAGUGGAAGGUAAUGUAAACCAGCUAUUUUAGUGUUCACAUAUAUUGUACAGGUUAAGCAGGGCACAGGGGUUAAAACGAGAAAAAAUUCCAGAGGGGAUUAAUGUCUCCAUAUAGUUUUAAGCGUUCCAUAUAUAAUUUUAUGUAUAACUAGCUGAAUAACCCGGCUUCGCCCGUGUACAGUUUUUUUGUGUAACCUACUUUAACUUUUAUUUUAUCAGUUUUUAUAUUUAUUACAGGCUGCUUUUAGAUAAGUUUAUCCUAGGUUGCCCAUGUAUUGUUACAAUCAGAAGUCAGCAAAAAAUUACUUUAUUUUAAUAUUUUGAAAACAAAUUGUAGG